ACUUACCGUAGCAGCAAUGAAGUGAAGUAACCGGCACUGGCCGGCCCGCACUUACUGCUGGCCUUGUCUCUCCUCUUGUCGCCUGCGAUUCUGGAUCGGGCAUGUCGGGUCCGCAUACACGGUGGCCAAAAUCAUUCACGAUUCCAUUUUGUAGUUAUUCCUGGCUGGUGUUGAAAAUUAUCCGACCUCUCCUGGUGUCUUACUAUUACCCAUAGAACCUAUUCUCCAGUUACGAUCGGAGUCAAGAUUGAACAUGCGUUAAAUCUCCUGUUCUGAGAGUCGCCACCAAAUCUCCCUUUUUGCCGCUUGUCUGUCAUCAAUCAUGCCGCCAUUGACUGCGGCGGCCCGGUUGACAAGGGCACCGACGUCGCACUUGGUGCCGGUGCCGAUGCUGUUUCCCAAGCCCCAACAGUAUAUCGCGCUCGUGCGACACGCCGCAACGGCAGCCAAUACACCUGCCAGCCGUGAUACCUCAGAACCAAGCCCGGUUUCCGGGCUACUCGGGCGCACAUCCCGUCGGCAGCUCAUAAAUGAUGCCAAGCCCUUUUCGCACUUUCUCACCGACACCUUUGACCGACAGCAUGACUAUCUACGCAUCUCACUCACGGAGAGAUGCAAUCUUCGGUGUGUCUAUUGUAUGCCAGAGGAAGGCGUCCCUCUGUCCCCGCAAAAGGAGCUGCUGACGACUCCUGAAAUCAUCAUGCUUUCAUCCCUCUUCGUCUCUCAAGGUGUCACAAAGAUCCGCCUCACAGGUGGCGAGCCAACAGUCAGGGCCGACAUCUUACCGUUGAUGAGACAAAUCGGAGCCCUCAGGUCGCAAGGGCUUCGGGAAUUAUGCCUGACAACUAAUGGGUUGGCCUUACAUCGCAAAUUAGAGGGUAUGGUCGAAGCUGGCUUAACCGGGAUUAAUCUGAGUCUCGAUACACUCGAUCCGUGGCAAUUUCAAAUCAUGACCAGGCGAAAGGGUUUCGAUGCGGUCAUGAAAAGUAUUGACAAAGUCUUGGAACUUAACAAGCAUGGUGCAAGUAUCAAGUUGAAGAUUAAUUCUGUGGUUAUGAGAGGCAUAAACGACAAGGAGAUCAUGCGUUUUGUUGAGAUGACGCGCGAGAAGGACAUUGAGGUGAGGUUUAUCGAGUACAUGCCGUUCGAUGGCAAUAAAUGGAACAAGAGUAAAAUGUUCAGCUACUCUGAGAUGCUGGAUCUUAUCAAGGAAGAGUAUCCACAACUUGAAAGGGUAAAAGGUCACAAGAACGACACGAGCAAGACCUACAAAAUUCAAGGUUUUGCCGGCAGCCUUGGUUUCAUUACCAGCAUGACACACAACUUCUGCGGAACGUGUAAUCGAUUGCGUAUUACGAGCGACGGAAACUUGAAGGUUUGUCUCUUCGGCAAUGCAGAAGUUUCACUACGAGAUAUCAUAAGGCAAUCCAACAACGGGCAGCCCAUUGAUGAACCGACGUUCGAAAUUCUGAAGCAGCUUGAGAUAGACAGAAAGCAGGGCCUGAAAGAUGGGUCUACGCAACCCAGCCUCGCGCCAAAUGAGGAGGAACUCUUGAAUGUGAUUGGUCUGGCUGUGAAGAGAAAGAAAGCAAAACACGCGGGUAUUGGCGAGCUUGAACAUAUGAAGAACCGGCCGAUGAUUCUGAUAGGGUUUGGCAUAGGCUCUCCUGUAGGCUCAAGCUUAGUACUUCGUCUGGCAGAUUCUCAGAACCCGAGAUUAGAUGACCAUCACAAAACCUUACGUGGAGCCCCCCUGAUAAAGCAGACCACCCUAGAGUCAUAUUUAUUUAACGGCCUAAUGCCACUACCGACCUGGUCAAGCAGUAUACACUCACAGCAACUUCGUUGUUUCUCCAGCGCGCGCGAGCAGUUGGGACGUCAGGAAGACGGAAGCAAGUUAACGCAUGUUUCUGAGUCGGGUGCCGCUCACAUGGUCUCCAUUUCGGAUAAAUCACCGACCAAGAGGCUAGCCAAAGCUAUUUGUAGUGUUCUGUUCACAGACAGGAACGCAUGUCGUCUCGUCCAGGAGAAUCAGAUUCAGAAAGGCGAUGUCCUGGGCGUGGCGCGAGUUGCUGGUAUUAUGGCCGCAAAGAAGACAUCAGAUCUCAUUCCACUUUGCCACCCCAUCUCACUGUCGAAAGUGACUGUAGACCUGCAAGUCGUGCAAGGUCCGGACGGCGCAGGUCGCAUUGAUAUCGAGGCGACUGUCACUUGUGAAGGCAAGACUGGGGUUGAAAUGGAAGCGUUGACCGCCGCUUCGACGGCAGCCCUUACUAUCUACGACAUGUGCAAAGCUGUGGACAAGCGAAUGACCAUCGAGGGUCUCAGGGUCGUCCUAAAGGAAGGUGGUAAAAGUGGACGAUGGAUCGACGGCAUGCAGGAUGGUUCACCGACUCUAGAGGCCUAAUACUCACUUGUUGGCUACUCAUCACUGCUGAAGCUCGAGCUGAUAUCCCUCUCCUGUACGAAUAUGAUUCAAUAUGCAGCUUUGACCUGUCUUAUCAAGUCGGCAGACGCCGCCCUUUCUUUUCUGACAUCAGGAUCAGACCAUCUUCGCAUGUGGUUGCUAUUGGAUGGACUAGAUGCAAGGCUAUCUAAUUGGGCAACAGGGAGAGAAAAGGAAAAAAUAAUAAUAAUCCAAAGCUAAAUAAAUACCUAAGUAUAAACAUAAGUAGCCAUACAAUGACGAGUCUGCCUACUCAAAAACUUGGUAGGGUUGAAUAUUCACCCUGUUUCACCGAAUACCAAGGCACCCCCGUCCGGUCCAAGGCGAGAGACAUGUACGAUAAUAAUAAUACCUAGACCGUUCGGCGGACACCUACGAGAGUCGUUGAAAAUACGAGCGCUAUACCAUUCACUGAGUCGACUGAAAGUAUAGCAGAGUCAUUGAAUUUUGACUGGAGAGACCUUGAGGCUUCAACGAUCUUGAAUUAUAUACAGUAUACACUACUCAGAUUGAUCCAUG